AUGCUGCCGUCCUUCGUGUCGCCGACGGCGAGCGCCUCAGUGACGCCUCCGCCGCGGCCGAUACCCGGCAGCUACGGGCCGCCGGUGCUGGGCCCGCUGCGGGACCGCCUGGACUACUUCUGGUUCCAGAGCCAGGACGAGUUCUUCCGGAAGCGCGCGGCGGCGCACCGCAGCACCGUGUUCCGCACCAACAUCCCGCCCACCUUCCCUUUCUUCGUCAGCAUCGACCCGCGCGUGGUCGCCAUCGUCGACGCCGCCGCCUUCACCGCGCUCUUCGACCCUGACCUCGUCGACAAGCGCGACAUCCUCAUCGGGCCCUACAACCCGGGCACCGGCUUCACCGGCGGCACCCGCGUCGGCGUCUACCUCGACACCGAGGAGGCCGAGCACGCGCGCAUCAAGACCUUCGCCAUGGACCUCCUCCACCGCAGCGCCCGCAGCUGGCCCGUCGAUUUCCGCGCCGGCGUCGGCGCCAUGCUCGACACCGUGGACGCCGAGUUCGCCGGCAAGGCCACCGGCGACGACAAGCCCUCCGCCAGCUACCUCGUCCCGCUGCAGCAAUGCAUCUUCCGGUUCCUCUGUAAGGCGUUCGUCGGCGCCGACCCGUCCGCGGACUGGCUGGUGGACAACUUCGGCUUCACCAUCCUCGACACCUGGCUGGCGCUGCAGAUCCUGCCCACCCAGAAGGUCGGCCUCGUCCAGCCGCUGGAGGAGCUGCUCAUCCACUCCUUCCCGCUGCCGUCCUUCCUCAUCUGGCCGGGCUACUACCUGCUCUACCGCUUCGUCGAGAAGCACGGCGCCGAGGCCGUCGCCUACGCCGAGACGCAGCACGGCAUCGGCAAGAAGGACGCCAUCAACAACAUCCUCUUCGUGCUCGGCUUCAACGCCUUCGGCGGCUUCUCCGUCUUCCUGCCCUUCCUCGUCGCCAAGGUCGGCGACGCCGCCGACACCACGGGGCUGCGCCCGCGCCUGCGGGACGAGGUGCGGCGCGCCAUGGACAAAGACGCCGACGCCGGGUUCGGGUUCGCCGCCGUCCGGGAGUCCAUGCCGCUGGUGCGGUCCACGGUGUACGAGAUGCUCCGGAUGCAGCCGCCGGUCCCGCUGCAGUUCGGCCGCGCGCGCAGGGACUUCGUGCUGCAAUCCCACGGCGGCGCCGCGUACCAGGUGUCCAAGGGCGAGGUGCUGUGCGGGUACCAGCCGCUGGCGAUGCGGGACCCCGAGGUGUUCGACCGCCCCGAGGAGUUCGUGCCGGAGCGAUUCCUCGGCGACGACGGCGCCAAGCUGCUGCAGCACCUCUUCUGGUCCAACGGGCCGGAGACGGCGCAGCCGGCGCCCGGGAACAAACAGUGCGCCGCCAAGGAGGUGGUGGUGGACACGGCGUGCAUGCUGCUGGCCGAGCUGUUCCGGCGGUACGACGACUUCGUGGUGGAGGGCACAUCGUUCACCAAGCUCGUCAAGCGGCAGUCUUCUCCCAGCUUGUCGCCGGCAGCCGCCGCCGGAGUGCAACAGUGA